UGGGGUCGGGGAGACCGCUAAUCAUCGAGAGAACCACACUAAACGUCAUGAAGGGCUGAACAUGAAUAAUUAUGCAAGCAAAAAAAGUGCAGCAGAAAGUAUGCUGGAUAUAGCUCUCCUCAUGGCGAACGCCUCCCAAAUGAAAGCUGUCAUAGAUCAAGGUCCCGCUUUCAACUACUACGUCCUCCUCAUCGUCCUUAUAUCGCUCUCAAUCGUAUUACAAAUUGUUGUGGGCGUUCUCCUAAUCAUCAUUGUGAAGCAUGACCUUAACGACCCAGCUAAACAUGCUACACUUGAGAACCUCAACAACGCUGCCACAGGCCUGGUCUUUAUUAUUGUCAUUUUUAAUAUUCUCAUUACGUCCUUCGGAGUUCAGGGAUCUGUGAACACGUCCCCUAAUUCAUAACAUCCAAUCCGGUUGAACCCUAUGAAGAUACUGUAAGGUGCCAUUGUUUCAUAUGCAGUGUCAAAAAUAUAAUCCCAAUCUAUCUUCCUAUUAAAACUAGCCACAUGGACAAUAGAACUUUACUAUACAUGCCUAUUCUUAUGUGCAUCAUAUAUUGUGGAAACAUGUCCCAAGGCCGCC